CUCCCUCAGGCUGUAGGGAGGGGUCGAGUGGCGAUGGCGAGGUUGUGUGGGCCCUGUUGAGCCGGGCCCGGCUCUGUUCCCAUCCCCUGUUCCUUACCUGCCGCGCGGGUUGGUUUCGCCCUGCGCACUGGUAGCGCCCGCAGCUGCCGCCGCCCGGAGGUGGCGGGGUGGCCGCGGCGAUGAUGAAGGGGGCGCUGGGGAGCCCGAUGGGCGCCGCCAUGCAGGAGAGCUUCGGCUGCGCCGUCGCCAACCGCUUCCACCAGCUGCUGGACGAUGAGUCCGACCCCUUCGACGUCCUUCGCGAGGCCGAGCGCCGCCAGCAACAGCGCAGGAAGCGCGAUGAGGCCGUGGCCGCCGCUGGCGCCAGGAAACCCGCCCCCGGCCAGAGACCGGGCCCCGCCGCCGGCAAGAGGGAGUCCCAGAAAGGGCGCAAGGUCCUGCAGCCCGAGAGCCCCGUGGCGCCCGGACCCCCGCCGCAGCCCGGUCAGAAGCAAGCUCCUAAAAGGGGAGAACAACAAGGAUGGAAUGAUAACAGGGGAAUGGAGGUCAAACAAGACAAAGCCGAAUGGAAACCUUCCUUCAGGGAAUACCGUCCCUAUGAAAAGGAGAGACAAGUGGAGUUCACAGUAGAAAAGCCAGUUGACAGAUUUGACCGGGAAAGACCAAUGAGAGGUCGGGGGGGAGGAAGAGGUGGAAUACGAAGCCGAGGAAGAGGUGGUGGGAUGAACAGAAGUCUGAAUGGCUAUGACCAAAGAGGAAAACGGGAAUUUGAAAGACAGAGUGGGAGUGAUAAAACAGGAAUCAGAACAGAAGACAAAAGGGGUGGAAGUGGAGCUCACAACUGGGGAACAGUUAAAGAUGAUCUGAGUGAGAUGGAACAGACUGCUCCUGUGGAAGAGACUGCAGAAACAGAGGAUCACCAAGGGGCACCUGAAGGAGAACUUCUGACCAAAGUUGCUGAAGGGGAGCCAGUGGAAGAAGUAGCUCAAGAAAUGACUUUAGAUGAGUGGAAAAAUCUGCAGCAACAGAGUCGACCAAAGCCUGAAUUCAACAUCCGGAAGCCAGAAUCCACUGUUCCUUCCAAAGCAGUGGUGAUUCACAAGUCAAAGUAUAGAGAUGAUAUGUUAAAGGAGGAUUUUGAGGAUGACUCCCACAUCUUCCGAAAAGCAGCUAAUGAUAUAACUUCUCAGCUGGAUAUUAACUUUGGGAAUCUUCCUCGUCCUGGGCGUGGAGCCAGAGGAACACGAGGAGGUCGUGGACGUGUCAAAAGAGUUGAAGAUACUGGGCCUAGACCAGAAGUGGUGUUGGUAUCAUACCUGCCAAGGGUUGCUACCGUUGAGGUAUGAAAACCAGAACAUCUGAGUCGAUCCUGAGUCCAUAAAACUGGGCAGCUGGCAGUGUGUGCUGAGCAUCAUUCCUGGGGGAGCUACCUCAAAAAAGGGGCAGUCCUGGAGAUACCUGGGCUUGUAGCAACCCUAUACUGCUUGAAGAUGAACAAAUAUGGAGGAUUUUUUUUUAAUUAAUUAAAAUCCCCAGGGUUCUUUCAGUUCAGCAAGGAUAAAGUUUGAAAUUUUAAGAGACAUGGAAUUAAUCCCUCUGCUUUUGUUCAGUAAAGCUACAUUCUGAAAACACCUAGUAAAUCGAAUGUGCAUCACUGUAGCAUUUUGCACACAACUAAAAAUUAACUCUUCAGUUUUUCAGUGUUUUAAAAUAACUUCUCAUUCACUUUGAAUGAUGAGCUGCUUCCUAUGUUUGUCUAUAGAUUUCCAAUAGCUAGAAUCUGAAGUAUCAGGCAAAUGUCACUAUCCCGACACCAUAAAUAUACCCAUACCACAGUGACAGGUACAAGUCUGCAUAGAAAUAAUGAUGGAUACAAAACAGUUUAGAAAUAAGCAUCGAAUGCCUCCUAAUGUAAUUUAGCAAAUAAAUAAAAUGGAACUAGUUCUGAGAUAGAUUGGAGACUUCAGAUGUGUCCUGGAUAUGUGUAUUUUUCUA